UCUAACUCCAAUGGCGACAACUUCCAAUACCCUGAAGCUCAAGACGAAACCCAGAUCCCCAAUUUUGAUUCUCUCGUUUUCUUAUCAGUCAUUGCAUUUCUUUGCAUGUUCUCCUCUCUUCUUUCCAUAAAUGGCUUCUCCUUCUCUUCUUCUUCAUUCUCCUUCAGAAACUUAAAAAGGCCCAGGAGCGAGAGACAGCACAGUCUUCAAGAAAAGUACUUGUACUGGGGUAACAGAAUUGACUGCCCGGGUAAAAUCUGUGAACCUUGUGCUGGCCUUGGUCACCAAGAAUCUAGCCUCAGGUGUGCCCUUGAAGAAGCCAUGUUUUUGAAUAGAACUUUAGUCAUGCCUUCUAGGAUCUGUAUCAGUCCUAUACACAAUGCGAAAGGAAUCCUUCAUCAAUCUGACAAUAAAAGUUCAGUGGAAAGAUGGGCAGAUAACUCUUGUGCUAUUGAAUCUCUGUACAAUGUGGAUCUUCUAUCUGAAACUGUACCUGUGAUUCUAGACGAUUCAAAAAUGUGGUAUUGGGUGCUUAUGACAAGUAUGCAGUUGGGAGCUAGAGGGGUAGCGCAUGUGGAAGGCAUUAGUCGAGCUAAUCUCAGAGAUGAUACUCGCUACUCAGAUCUCUUGCUCAUUAACCAAACUGCUAACCCUCUUUCAUGGUUCGUGGAAUGCAAAGAUCGAAAAAACAAGAGUGCUAUUCUGCUGCCGCAUUCAUUUCUUCCAUCAAUGGCUGCAGAAAAAUUGAGGGAUGCAGCUGAAGAGAUAAAAGCAUUCCUUGGUGAUUCUGAUGCCAUGCACGUUCGUAGAGGUGAUAUACUAAAAACCAGGAAGGACAAAAACGGGGUUGAAAGAACCCUGCAUCCUCAUCUGGACAGGGAUACACGCCCUGAGUUUAUCCUCUGCAGGAUUAAAGAGUGGGUUCCACCUGGACGAACUCUUUUUGUUGCUUCAAAUGAGAGAGAACCUGGAUUCUUUUCUCCACUCUCUGCCAGAUACAAAUUAGCAUAUUCAUCAAACUUUAGCUGGAUCCUAGAUCCGGUGAUUGAGAAUAACUACCAAUUAUUCAUGGUUGAGAGACUUGUCUUGUUUGGGGCCAAAACAUUCAUCAAAACAUACAAGGAGGAUGAAAACGAUCUCAGCCUCACUGAUGAUCCGAAGAAGAACACCAAGAAUUGGCAACUACCUGUUCGUACCAUGGAUAGAGAUCGGGAAUGCUGAUAUUACAUUUACCCUUGUUCCUUCUGUAAUUCAACUCACUACUUUUCCACUGAUUGCAUGACACUCAAAUGUAUGGCCCUACUCUGAUCCCAAGAUAUAUACUUACUGUGUGUUGUCGAGAUGUUGUAGCUGAAUUGGAGAAUCCAGAUUGUUGGUGAAUAUGAGAACCUCACUGAUUUGGCAUUGUAAAUUGUGGCGAAAAUGCAAUACGGGUUGGGUAUUGUUUAAUCAUGCUCUUUUGAAAUUACAGAGAAAUGGAAAUCCAUUUUUUAUGUACAGCUCUUGGGAAGUCACAGUUGACAGCAAUUUUUUAAUGGAUGGUUAUGAUUCUUUCUGUGUA